CAUGUUUUUGACACGCGGGUUGGGUGCAGGCGUGUGUUGGUUGCACGCGUGUAGUUGCAUGUGUAGCUUUGUUGCAAGCAUUUAUCGUGGGUUCCCUCCGUGCAUAUUUAUUCAUUUAUUUAUUUAUUUUCCUUCUCUUUGCAUCUGCAGGGGCGCAUGGAAUAUCUCGUAAAAUGGAAGGGCUGGUCUCAGAAGUACAGCACUUGGGAACCCGAGGAGAACAUCCUGGAUGCCCGGCUGCUCGCGGCCUUCGAGGAGAGCUUUGGUUCUUUUGACACCUCUAGGGAGCGAGAAAUGGAGCUAUUCGGGCCUAAAAAGCGCGGCCCCAAGCCCAAAACCUUCCUGCUAAAGGCCCAGGCGAAGGCCAAAGCCAAAACCUACGAGUUCCGCAGCGACUCAUCCAGGGGGAUCCGGGUGCCGUACCCCGGGCGAUCCCCGCAGGAGUUGGGCUCCACGUCCCGUGCGCGGGAAGGACUCAGGAAUAUGGCCCUGACCCCGCAGGGCAGCGGCAGCAGCAGCGUGCCCAAAGCGGACGGCGUGCGGGACUGCGUCCUCCGGGUGGAGGAGAAACCCGGGGAGACACCUAAAAAACGGGGCCCGAAACCCAGGAAGGAGCUGUAUAAGGACCUGGCGGAGAGUCUGGAUGCCUCCAAGAGGAAACUGGGGGAGCCGGGGGACAAAGUGGGGGACUACCUCAAGGCCAGGAAGAUGGAGGAGGCGGCGGGCGCCGCCAAGUUCUCCUCGGGACACAGCGUCAUCCAGCUGGCACGCCGACCCGAGCCCGACCUCAGCGGCGCCGUGCCCGGCCCCAACCGCCUGGAGGUGGGCACCAAGCUGGGCACCGCCGACCCCUACGCACCACGUGUGGCCAAACACCGCUCCGACCUGCUGGACCCCAAAGGGCCGGGCGGGCUGGACCCCAAAUUGCUGCACGGAGCCGUGGGGCCCGGCCCCGGGGGGGGGCUGUUCCGUGAUGGUGGGGGCCCGGCGGGGCGGCCCUCCCUCAUCGCCCGCAUCCCGGUGGCCCGGAUCCUGGGGGACCCCGAGGAGGAGUCGUGGAGCCCCUCGCUCAGCAACCUGGAGAAGGUGGUGGUCACCGACGUGACCUCUAACUUUUUGACCGUCACCAUUAAGGAGAGCAGCACGGACCAAGGAUUCUUUAAGGAGAAGCGAUGAGUUCCUGCUGGUGGUGGUGCUGGGGCUUUUCUUCGGGCUAGAUCCAGACAAAAGCUUGGUCAGAGCUUGGUGGGCUUUUUUUCUUUUCUUCUUUUGAUUUUUAUAUUUUUUUUAAUUUCCUGGAGAGGAUUUAGAAACUGUCCUAAAUUCAUUCCCUCAUUCUUCUUUUUUUUUGUUUUUUGUUUUUUUUUCCUUCCCACGUCUCACAUUUCGUUGGAAAGAUUAUCUCUAGAGUUAUAUUUUCUAUUAGAUGUAAAUAUGUUAUUUAAGAAGAAAAUGCUUAUAUAUAUAUCUAUAUAUAUAUAUUUCAACUCUGAGUUGUUUUAUUUAAAUGGAGACAACAGUGACUGCUCAGUUGCUCUUAGAAAGGACAAUAAAACUGAGAACCAACGGAGUUCACGCAUCUGUUGCAGGAGCCGCUGUACAUAACGAAUGAUGUUCAUAGCAAAUUAUGUUCUGAUUUUUUUUUUAAUUAUUUUUUUUUUUUAACUAUUAUUUUCCAUAUGAUGCUAUGGAUGGUGAUGGGGGAUGUGUUACUCCCCCUCGGGGUCGGAUGCCCCGGAUUUCUUGAUUGUGAUAUUAAGGUGUUGCUUGUACAAUCAAGUGUGCUGUAUCCAGAACUGUUGCCCUUGACGGCUGAAGUUGGCACUUGAAUUGACAGUAUUGCUGGGGAGGGGGCGUUUCCAGAUUUAAAAACAAAUAGUGGCUGCAACAUCGGGGCGGGGAAAAGCAGAAGUCCAUAAAAAGGCUGAAACCGUUCUAGUGGAGCAUUAACUUGAAUUACCUUUUUCUUGCGAAGGAAGAGGAGGUUUGUGUGUGAGGUUCCUGAGAGGGGUGAUACUGAAAUGCACUUUAAUAGAAUUGUCACAGCAGUUGUGGGAGACAGAACUGAGCUGAGAAUCUGUUUUCAUUUUGUCUGGUCGCUUGAUUCUUUUUCCCCCACCCGCUUCCAAAAAAACAAAACAAAAAAAGCCAACAACUCUGUUUACAUUCCUGAAAUGCCAGAGAGGUUUGGGAGGGUACCGUAUGGCUGCCCAUAUUUAGAUGCUUUAUGCUGCUAUAGAAAGCGGAUUGUUGUGGUUUUUUUUUUCCCCCCCUUUCCCCACCACGUUUCACUUCAGGCUGUCAGAAGGCGCCCGGUGCAGCGUUUUGUAAUAUCCACAUCCCUGACAAAUCCCAGAGCCACCUUGAUGCAUUCAGAGACAAUAAAUAUUUCCCUUUUCUUCUGCUGGUUAAACAAUAGCCAAGGGGCUGAAUCUUCCUGUGUGGAGCAGCUCCUGCUGACUCGGGGUGGCUUUCAGUGUUUGUAUUUCCCUGCCCAUCUCUCGUGGCUCCCGAGGGCUGUGCAGCUCCGCAGUGCCAUGGCAGUGGGGCUGGGUGGCUCUGACUGGGGAGCAGCUCUCCCCUCUGCUCCCAUUGCCACCUCCGUUUGCUUUCCUCUAAACUCCAUUGCAGCUGAACCAAGGUUUGGGGAUGUCGGGGGGCCGUUCUGUUGUAUUUUUUUUAGUUGAUGUAGAGCAGGUGUCCUCGUGUCCUCACGCAUUGAUUUGAGCAUCUCUGGCGGUUCGAAAGCACAAAUCUGUCCGGCAGCCCCCAAGGGCCCGGGGUUGGGGGGAGAUUGGCCUUUUCCAUCCUUUCCAAUUGGCCCAAGGAAGCUCUUCGUCGCUUCCUGAUCUGGGGGCUGCACAGAAGCUGAAAGCACAUGGGGCCCAGUGGGGAGAUGGGGCUCGGCGAGGAGCCUCCCUUCAGCCCAAUGGGAGAGCCACGCUCCGCCUGGCCGUGCCCCUCUGCCCUUCCAUUUUUGGGACCGUUGCCUUUGUCAGAUGACAUAGCAAGAGGAUGCUGUAUUGACUGUACAAAGGGAGCCGUGUCUGUGACUUCUUCUUUUUCGUUGUUGUUGUUGUUUGUUUUGUUUCUUUGUUUUGUUUCGUUCGAAGGCAUAUUUUGUAAAAUGGAGAUUUUUCACUCGGUUUGUGUGCUGGGAUCGGUGCUGGGGCUCAGCAGCUGCUGCAGGAGGUGCGAGCUGGGAUUGAGGAUGGACGGAGCCGCCCUCCCUCCACCUGCAGAGGUGCUGAAGGCUGAGAAAUGUGCGAGAUGCCGGGGCAGGGCUCUGCCUCCUGCAGCCCCGUGUAACACGUAUAUAGAGCAAGCCGUACAUGUGGGUGUAUAUGUGUGUAUGUAUAUAGCGACGUAUAUACUGAGCGUGUGCGUGGGGGUGUGUGUGCGUGAAUUAUUUAAAUCUAAGACUUGUAUAAAAACAAACAAACAAACAAAAAAAGAUUUGGCUAAAUCUCAGUCUCAGAAAAGUGAAGCUUAACUUACGUGUCUUCUGCCAGCCGUGAAUGUCCGUAUGAGACCUGCUUUUUAUGUGAGUUUAAAUAUAUACUUUGUAAAUAGA